CUAUGCACAGCGAUCAUAUUGUUAGGUUCAUAUUGUAUAUUAUGAAUCAUUGCAUAAUAUAGAGCAAUAGCUGGUUAUCAAACUCGUAACGCUUUGCUGCUGUAAGUACUGUUUACAGUAUCCUGUCAGCCACAGACACUCGUAAAUGUUAGGAAUGGUAUAGUGAACGCAUAAUAUAACGUACAAUAAUAUAUAAUAUUCGUUGGCCGGCUAAGGGGUCAUCUCUGCGGACAAACGAGAGUGUAACGUUGUCACACGACUGUAUUUGGAUCGUAUAUACGGGAUUACCGAAGGGAUGAUCCGAUGCCAAUUUAUACACGCACACACUCAACUCUCUAAGCCCGCGGUGUCCUGACAAGUGUGUUACCUAAUACCUAGUAUUAUUAUGAUGGUAUAGUUGGUAGCACGUGUCAAACAAUCAAGCAGGGUUCACACUACACCGUGACGUGUAAAAUAAUCACAGAUGCCUCAGCUACCAAACGAUAGGUGCUGCAAAGUUGUAUAAUAUAUUCGACUUUUGACCACGUGGUUACAUUUAUGUGCGGAAAUGUGAUAACUAAAAAAAAAAUAAUAUUGUGUUACCACCGUGUACAAUAAUCAUAUCAUUGACAUUGCAUUUUGGUAUAAACGUAAAAAAAACCACGAAAUCACACGACGCGGUGUAGCGUGAACUCAGCUCACAGGCCUAUAGUUUUGAACGCGUCUAUAGGUCACAAAAACCGGUUUGAUUACUUCACAGCCCGCGGUAUGCCUACGCGAGUGAACUGCCUACAAUGUUGGUAACACGCGUUACCAACGAAUCAAAAUAUUCCAAAAAAUCUGUCCUAGCGAUGAACCCGAAUAUUAUUAUGUUGUGUUAUAACUGCAGCGGACCGCCAUAUAUUACGGGCGCGACGAAGACGACGACGACGCGCACGGACUACGCUGUGGCAUGUACCAGUUGUCGGUCACCAUUCAAUAAUAUUAUUCAAUUCUUCAAAAGUCAAUAUAAAUUACCUACAUAAUUUAUAUAUAAUAUAAUAUAUAUUCGUAUAUAUAUUUUCGACUGUAAUUUUAAAUGCUUGUGGAUAGUCAUGUGUGGCUGCUUAAGUAGUACGGUAAAAAAGGAUAGUACACAUCACUAUGGAGACAAUAGAUACUACCACUGCGAAUAUCAGCACCCGAAUUUCACUGGACGUAAAGAAGGUUACGUUGUCGACUCCGAUGCCUGCGGAGAUUCGAGCAAUUAUGGCGUUGAUAAUUGCGACAGUGAUGGCCGUGAUAAUGGCAGUGAUACAGGCAGUUGCGAAUCUUUUAUCGGUGACCGUGGUAGCGGUCAUCACGGCAGCGAUCGUAGCUUGGAUUAUCACGACGUUGAUCCUAUAUGGAUAUAUUAUGAUGCGGAAAACAAGAGAAGGGAUUUCGGUUAUUUCAUUGCCUAUCGUCCUGAUGGUUGUGUCGGCGCAUUCCUUGCUGUUCGUCGCGCUGACGGUGGAACUUUCUAUGAAUUAUAAUUUAAUUCAGACGGUUGCGGAGAUAACGACAUCGGAGGAGGAGACGACAGAAUAGACGGCGGUGGCAGCGGCGACUAGCUCACGUCUCCAAAUAACAGUUUUUUUUCUACAAAUAAUACACUCACGAAUAUAUCUGUACCUAAACAUUAUACCUUAAUUUAAUAUUAUGGAUACCUGCUGGCUAUUACCUACCUAUUAAACUUAUACUUGAGUUAAAAAGUUAAGUUAAUUUAAAAUUUUUUUCUAAUUUAAUUAUCAU